AUGAAAUUCUUCAAAGUCAUAGAAAGGCUCUCAGUCUUUCUUCUUGCCUCCCCUGUCUAUUCAUGUGCCCCUACUGGUGACCCAAAUAGUCCCAUCGUCCCCGGGACCGACGGUCCUGCUCCCGCAGCAACCUUGGGCUAUGCCAUCAAUCAUUUCGGCCUAACGACAACCAACCUCAAGGCCAUGAAACAUUUCUAUGGCGAUAUCCUGGGAAUGCGACUUCUAUUUGACGCUCAUGUCACACCCGAGUAUACUGUGACCUAUCUGGGAUAUGCCCAAGGUGGUCGCAACGGCACCGGCUUCCAGACUGGCGCAGAGCUCGCGCGUGACAAGAACAAUCUCUCUGGGCUUCUCGAGCUCGUCCAAUUCAAUGUAUCGGAAGAUCAUCUCGUGGCGUCAACUCGGCGUAGCAAUACGUUCAGCCACAUUGGGCUUAUUGUCCCGGAUAUCGCGAAGACGCAGGAGUAUCUUGAGGGACACGGCGUGAAGAUUCUGAAGAGGUAUCAAGCCCCAGUGGCUCAGUUUACGGGUCCACUUCAGAAUGCUUUUGGUAUUGGCGAGUUUGCUGGGGCACACAUUGCUGCGAAAAAGGCGUUGAUCAAGGCGCAGAGCUUGAUUGGCUUGGAGAUGCUCUUGAUGGUUGAGGAUCCUGAUGGAAAUAUGGUUGAGAUUCAGCAGCAGGACCCCCCCAGCAAGUCGGUUUUGUGA